AUGGAUAUCUCACUACCCCUCCUCCUCCUAGCCGUCAUCCUCAUCCCCGUCGUCUCGUACCUGCUGGUGACGAAGCGCAGCACCGAGGAAGGGCGGCUGAAGCUGCCGCCGGGCCUGAAGCGAGUGCCGUGCGGGGCGACGCUGGCUGCCCUGGGCGACGCUGCGGGGCCGGUGUCGUUGGACGAGCACGUGUUCUGUGUCGCCGACGGCGUGAUCGCCAUGGUGGCGUACGGGAGCGUGUACGACGCAAAAGCGUUCUCGGGCAAGUACGAGCGGUUCCAGCACGUGCUACAGGAGGCCGUGGACAUGUCGGCCAGCUUCUCCGCCGAGGACUUCUUCCCCAACACCGCCGGCCGCCUCCUCGACCGGCUCGCCGGCAUCAUCACGCGCCGGGAGAGGAUCUUCAGAGACCUCGACGGCUUCUUCGAGGAAGUGCUGGAGCAGCAUCGAGACCCCGCACGCCCCAGGCCGGAGAGCGGCGGCGGUGACCUGGUGGAUGCCCUCGUCAGAAUCUGCGAGGAGCAUGGCUUCACGAGGGACCACGUCAAGGCUGUCCUCCUGGACGCGUUCAUCGGCGGCGUCGACACGAGCUCUGUGACGAUCCUGUGGGCGAUGUCGGAGCUGAUCCGGAAGCCGCAGGUGCUGAAGAAAGCGCAGGAGGAGAUCAGGGCCGUGGUCGCCGGCAACGAGCAGCGGGUGCAGCCGGACGACCUGCCGAAGCUGACCUACCUGAAGAUGGUCGUCAAAGAGACCCUGCGGCUGCACCCGCCGAUUACGCUGCUUCUGCCGCGGGAGACGCUUCGGAGGGUGGAGAUCGGCGGCUACGACGUGCCGGCGGGGUCGCGGGUGCUCGUGAACGCGUGGGUCAUCGGGAGGGACCCCGCAAGCUGGGGGCAGGACGCGGAGGAGUUCAAGCCGGAGAGGUUCGAGGCCAGCGGGAGGCACGGCAAGGUGGACUUCCGUGGCGCUCACUUGGAACUGAUGCCGUUCGGCGCCGGCCGGCAAAUCUGCCCCGCACUGGUCAUGGGAGCUGCCGGAGGAGGCCGGUAG